CCUCUCUCUCUGUAGCUUUCUCUGUAUCUCUCUCUCUCUCUCUCUGAGUGCAACAGCAAUGGCGUUUAAGGGCCGAAGAAACCCUAGCUUUCUCUCUCUACUCCUCCUCCUCUCUCUCCUCUCCAUCGCCUCCGCUAAAGUCUUCUUCGAAGAACGCUUCGACGACGGAUGGGAAAGUCGGUGGGUUAAAUCUGAUUGGAAGAAAGAUGAGAACAUGGCUGGAGAAUGGAACUACACCUCCGGGAAGUGGACUGGAAACCCUGAUAUCAAAGGUAUCCAGACAAGCGAAGACUAUAGAUUCUUUGCUAUUUCAGCUGAGUUCCCUGAAUUCAGCAAUAAGGAUAAGACUCUAGUCUUCCAAUUUGCCGUCAAGCAUGAACAAAAGCUUGACUGUGGUGGUGGGUACAUGAAACUACUCAGCGAUGGAAUUGAUCAAAAGAAAUUCGGUGGUGACACCCCAUACAGUAUCAUGUUUGGCCCAGAUAUCUGUGGCUACAGCACCAAGAAAGUGCAUGCUAUUCUCAACUACAAUGAAACAAACCAUUUGAUCAAGAAGGAUGUUCCAUGUGAAACCGACCAACUCACUCAUGUCUAUACAUUUAUCCUCAAGCCAGAUGCCACCUACACCAUCCUAAUUGACAAUGUGGAGAAGCAAACCGGCAGUCUCUACUCUGAUUGGGAUCUUCUCCCUCCAAAGAAAAUCAAGGAUCCCGAGGCCAAGAAACCAGAAGAUUGGGAUGACAAAGAGUACAUUCCUGAUCCUGAAGACAAGAAGCCAGAGGGCUAUGAUGACAUCCCAAAGGAAAUUCCUGAUACCGAUGCCAAGAAGCCCGAAGACUGGGAUGAUGAGGAAGAUGGUGAGUGGACACCCCCAACCAUUGCCAACCCUGAGUACAAGGGCCCAUGGAAGGCAAAGAAAAUUAAGAACCCCAACUACCAGGGGAAAUGGAAGGCACCAUUGAUUGACAACCCAGAUUUCAAGGAUGAUCCAGACCUAUAUGUCUUCCCCAAGUUGAAGUAUGUUGGCAUUGAACUGUGGCAGGUGAAAUCUGGUACCUUGUUCAGCAAUGUCUUGAUUACUGAUGAUGCAGAGUAUGCCAAGCAGUUAGCAGAAGACACCUGGGGCAAGUACAAGGAUGCUGAGAAGGCAGCAUUUGAUGAGGCUGAGAAGAAGAGAGAGGAGGAGGAAGCAAAGGAAGAUCCAGCUGAUUCUGAUGCUGAGGAUGACGAUGAUGACGCCGAAGAUGAAGCAGGUGAAGAUUCUGAUGUUGAAUCCAAGGAUGAAAGCAAAGACGAUGCUGAGGUUGAAACCAAGGAAGAUGAGAAACAUGAUGAACUGUAAGGGACUUGAGGGUUCUGGACAUAAAGGUUGGCCAUGAAGUGGUCCAAAAUUUUUUUCCCUUGUUUAUUUUUAGUAAUAGGAGGUUUUUCUUAGAAAACGAUUGAAGGCUUAAAGCAGAACUUCAUGGCUGAUUGCUUUAACUCUUUCAGACUAUUUGAGCCAUUAGAUCAAAGAGGAUAAUGUCUGUGUUUUAUCAUCACAAUUAUGAAGUAGUUUUGGCAUUUGAUGGCAAAAAUGUCCUACUGGAUUUUGGCUUCUAGUAUUUAUGUUACAUUUACCAUUAAAUUUAAAUUUCUUUAGACGAA